AAUUCAAGACAAAACACACACACACAGAGACAGAGAGAGAGAGACUCUAUCACUAGAGACUAGCUAGCUAGCUAGCUAUCAAAUUAAGCAAUGGUGAAGAUCAGUGCUGAUCAAAACAAGAUCCAAUCUGAGCCAUCCAAAGCAAUGCCAUCACCAUCAUCAUCAACAUCAUCAUCAUCAAAGAAGAAGUACAAGGGAGUGAGGAUGAGAAGUUGGGGGUCAUGGGUGUCUGAGAUAAGAGCACCAAACCAAAAAACAAGAAUAUGGUUGGGCUCUUACUCAACCCCUGAGGCAGCUGCUAGAGCCUAUGAUGCUGCACUCUUGUGCCUUAAAGGCUCCUCAGCCAAUCUCAACUUCCCUAUCACCUCCUCCUCACACCACCUUGAUGAUCCUCACCCUCAUCAUCACACCAUCAUGUCACCUAAGUCCAUCCAAAAGGUGGCUGCAGCUGCAGCCAAUAAUGUCACCAACCCACCAUCACCACCUCCUCCCUCUUCCUCCUCCUCAAUAUCCUCGCCGUCGUCAUCAUUCUCAUCGUCUGAUCACACCGAGGAUGAUGCCUCAUUGGUGCCAUCUUUUGGGGCCUACACUGUGCCUUAUGGAGCCGAUGAGUUGCCGAUGCCUAUGAUCACACCAUGGUACAACUUUGAUUCGCCAAAAUACACUGAUAUGAUCAAUGGGGCAUUUUUCGAUCCGGCAAUGAUCGAAGAUUUCUAUGAAGAAGGUGAUAUUAGGCUGUGGAGCUUCUGCUGAUGGAUUCAAAUUAUCCAUUAAUUUCCCCCUUUUUUUUUUUUUUUCUUCUUCUUGUUUUUAUUCAUCGGGUGGUCUUUGGUUUAUUGCUUGAAGACACUACUGACAGUGACAAAAUUUAAUUUUAUAUAU